AUGAAUUGUGAUUGUGUACGUUUAAGAUCUGAAUUAGAAAAUAUUAGAAACAAAUAAUCAAUUUUAUUAAAAGACCAUUAAAUGCAAUUAGAAUUGAUAAGAACAAAAACUAAAGAAUAAUAUGAAAGUUUAUUGGAAUCACAAAAACAAGGAUAUCAAGGUUACUAAAAAAUAAAUGAAUAGGAAAUCAACAAAUUAAAAGAAAUAAUUGCUAUAAAAAAUUCUGAAAUAGAAACUCUAAUUCAUACUAACUAAAAAUAUCGAGCUUAGUUAAAUUAGGAAGAAUAAAUAAGCAACUUAAAGAUAUAAAAUCUGAAAAAGGAAUCUUAGGAUAUUGUCACAUUAAUUAAUAUAUAACAAGGAGAAAUUAAUAAAUUAAAGUAGGAGCAACCUUAAAGAGAAGAUUUAUUAAAUGAAUAAUAUUAAUUGCGUUUAGAGGAAAUUUAGAAUUAUUACUCUUAAUUAUUAAAGCAAAUUGGAAAAGAGAAAUAGGAUAUACUUAAUAAAUUAGAUGAAUUAAUUUAAAAAGAAAAAGUACUUAAUGAAUAAAUAAAUAAUCAACAUUCAUAAAUUUAAUUGUUAAAAAUAGAAUAAUUAGAUAAAAUAUCAAUAAUCAAUUAAAAUGAAAAGGAUAUAUAAAAAUUGUAGAAUGAGUUAAAGAAUUUAAAUAAUUUAUAAAAGAAAAACGAAAAUGAAAAUUAAUGGCAACAAAAAUCUAUUUACAAUAAUUAUGAAAUAGUUGUGCAAGAAUAUGAAAAAGAAUUAGAUAAUUUAAAAUACUAAAUUUAACAACUUCAUAAUUCUUAUGAAUAAGUAUUUUAGUAUUUUUAUUUUAGCUCACUUAUAAAUGUAAUGAAUUCAAAGAUGAAAUUUAUAAAUAAAACUUAAUUAUUUAAUCUUAAAAUAAUACUAUAAAAGAACAAGAAGCAUUGCUAGAUAAGUUAGAAAACAAUUCGUAAAGUAACAAUAUGUAGUUUAGUCAAAUGAUGGAAAAUUAAAAGAAGAGAUUAGAAUAAGCCUAUUCUUAUCAAUUAGAAAACUUGAAAAAAUCAUUUUAAACUUAGGUAAGCAUUAUAGCAAUAUUGUAGAUUAUAUUAUUAUAAUAAUAAUAAGCUGAUGAAAGUUUAAAAGGAAAAUAAAAGUUGAUAAAAAGAAGUGUUGCAGAAUUUUGA